UCUCAAGACCCUCGUAAUUCUCUUCAAUAAAUCCCCAAAAAUGGCGUCAAUUCAAACAGCAAGUUGAUCAUGUGAAAUACUUAUCUUCGUUGCAUUUCUCCCACAGUUCUAUGUUAAUUGGUUAUCAGAGCAAUUAGAGAAUCGCGGAAACAUUAGAAUUCGAUUGGAGUUUAUAGCCGUCCGGCAGUUUCGCUCACACAGGUGCUUGAAUGCGCAGAUUUGCUUGUCGACUCUGGUGUAAACACAUGAGAACAAGGUGAAACCCUAGUAACACAGAAGAAGGACAUCUUUAAAUAGAAGAUUUUGUUGUGAAUACAUGUUCGCAAACAUAAAAUUGGUUCUUGUCCUUAUCUUCUGAGAGAAUGAUAUGAUGGAAUUAAGUUGAGUCAAACAUGAUCCUGAUCAUAUCAAGUGGUAGCAUUUAUUUAUGAUAACACAAUGGCAUUGGAGGCAAUGGCAGCUACAGAGUGCAUCUCUCAUACUGUAGAAUUAGUCAUGGAAGUAGUCUCUGAAGUCAACAAUGUCUUUGUUGAGAAGGAAUGUUUUUCAGAACUUGCUUCAUAUUUGAAUAGACUUGUUCCUCUCCUAAAAGAAUUAAACAAAAAAGACAUCAGCAAUUCCGAGAAAGUUUUUGUUGAGAUCCUGAAUCAACAAGUCAGAGUAGCUAAACAACUCACAACUGAAUGCAGCAAAAAGAGCAAAGUCUACCUCUUAAUAAGUUGCAGAUCAAUUACAAAACGCAUACAAGACAUUACAAGGGAAAUCAGCAAGGCGUUAAAUCUAAUCCCUUUUUCACAGCUGGAAAUUUCAUCAAGCAUGAUGCAAGAACUUGGUCAACUCUGUGAAAGCAUGCAAUCUGCAGAGUUCAAAACAGCCAUAGCAGAUGAAAUGAUUCUUGAAAAAAUCGAGUCAGGAAUACAAGAAAGAAACGUGGAUCGUUCAUAUGCCAACAAUUUACUUGUUUCCAUCGCACAGAUUUUAGGGAUUUCAACAGAAAGAUCAACAUUAAAGAAGGAAUUUGAAGAUUUCAAGAAUGAGAUAGAAAACGCACAACUGAGAAAAGAUCAAGCUGAAGCCAUUCAAAUGGAUCAGAUAAUUGCAUUGUUGGAAAGAGCAGAUGCCACAUGUUCUGAUGAAGAAAAAGCAAGAAAGUAUUUGACUAAACGUUCUUCAUUGGGCAAUCAACCUUUAGAGCCUCUCCAAUCAUUUUAUUGCCCAAUUACAAGAGAAGUUAUGGUGGACCCUGUGGAAACUUCUUCAGGUCACACAUUUGAAAGAUCAGCCAUUGAAAAAUGGCUUUCUGAUGGAAGUACUUCAUGUCCUCUUACCAUGAUCCCUUUGGAUAAUCUUACAUUACGCCCUAAUAGAACUUUAAAACAAUCAAUUGAGGAAUGGAAAGAUAGGAACACCAUGAUCACAAUUGCUUCAAUCAAAUCAAAACUUGUAAAACCUUUAUCAGAAAACGAAGAAGAAGAAGUGAUUUCUUGCCUUGAACAGAUUCAAAACUUAUGUGAAGAACGAGAAAUUCACCGGGAAUGGAUAGUGCUGGAGAAUUACAUUCCUACCCUUGUGGAGCUUCUUAGUGGUAAAAACCGAGAGAUUAGAACUCGUACCCUUGUCUUGCUUUCCAUUUUGGCAAAGGAUAGUGAUGAUGCAAAGGAUAGGAUUUCAAGGGUGAAUGGUGUGAUUGAAUCUAUAGUUCGUUCACUUGGGCGUAGAAUUGCUGAAGGAAAGUUAGCAGUUGAAUUGCUUUUGGAAUUAUCAAGAAAUGAAGGUUUAAGAAAUAGAAUUGGAAAUGUUCAGGGAUGCAUUCUACUUUUGGUCACCAUGUCCAACAGUGAAGACACUCAAGCUGCCAUUAACGCACACAAGCUUUUGGAUUCUCUUUCUUCCUCUGAUCAAAAUGUCAUCCAAAUGGCAAAAGCUAAUUACUUUACACAUCUCCUUCAUCGACUAUCUUCAGGUUCUGAAGAAGUGAAGAUGAGCAUGGUGACAACAUUAGCAGAAAUGGAAUUCACAGAUCACAGCAAAUCAUCUUUAUUUGAAAAAGGUGCACUGGGCCCACUUCUUGACUUAGUCUCACAUGGAAACCCUAGAAUGAAAGAGACAGCAGCUAAAGCACUUUGUAACCUCUCAACCUUAAAAAGAAACAGCACCCAAAUGAUCACACAAGGUUCUGUAAAACCAUUGGUCAAUCUUCUCUACAAUCACACAUCAUCCCAUUCUUUACAAGAUGAAGUAGCAUCAAUCAUCAUGCAUCUUGCCACAUCAACCAUGUCACAGAAUUCCGAAAAUACCCCUGUUUCUUUAUUCCAGUCUGAUGAAGAUAUCGAUAGCCUUUUUGCUUUUAUUCCAUGUACUCGCCCUUUGGUGCAAGAACGUUUACUUCAUGCUAUUUACGCCAUGUGCCACUCUCCCUUAGCUUCUACUGUCAAAUCAAAGUUGAGACAGAAUUCAGACAACGAACAAGCAUUGGUGGUUUUAUGUGACAAUGAAAACCCGAAAGUAAGAGCAAAUGCUGUGAAGUUGUUUUGUUGUUUAACAGAAGAUGGUGAAGACAAAGAGAUAACAGACAGAAUGGGACAACAAUUAAUUGAGACUUUAAUCAAAAUAAUCAAGUCUUCAAAUGAUAUAGAAGAGAUUGCUUCUGCUCUGGGCAUCAUUUCAAAUCUCACCGAGUCAACUCAACUCACCGAGUCACUAGUCAAAGCCGAAGGACUCCCGGUGAUAUCCUCCCGUCUCCAAACCCAAAACGGGCCCCACAAAAAACAUCUAAUAGAAAACGCGGUUGGUUCCCUUUGUCAUUUCACAAACCCAACAAACAAGGAAUCACAAAAGAAAGUAGCGGAAUCCGGUCUGAUUCCAUUGCUUGUCCAGUUUCUCGAGGCCGGAACCGGAGUCACGAAACGAAAGGCGUCGAUUUCCCUCGCGCACCUUUCGAAAAAUUCAAUGGAGUUGACCCGGCCGAUUCCGAAGGCGGGUCUAUUCCGGUGCUUCUCGCCGCAAUUGGAAUCCAGGUGUCCGGUGCAUCAAGGAAUGUGCGAAGUGGAGGUGAAUUUUUGUUUAGUGGAAGCGAAUGCGGUGGCGCCGCUGGUGACGCUGUUGGGGGAUUCCGAUUCCGAUGUUUGUGAAGCGUCUUUGGAUGCGUUGUUGACUUUAAUUGAAGCUGAAAGGUUAGCGUUUGGGUGUAAAGUACUGGGCGAAGCUAAUGCGAUACCUCAAAUUAUAAAAUUGCUAAAUAGCAACAAUUCGAAUUUGCAAGAAAAGGUAUUGAAUGAGUUAGACAGGGUUUUUAGGUUGGUGGAAUUUAAGCAAAAAUAUGGGAAUUUGGCGCAUAUGCCGUUGGUUGAUUUGACUCAGAGGGGGAAUUCUAGGACCAAAUCUUUGGCUGCGAGGAUACUUGGUCAGUUAAAUGUGCUUCAUGAUCAGUCGUCUUAUUUUUAGGUCACAAAUUCUUUUUUGUCAAUUGAUUUUGUACACAGUUUCUGUAUCGUAUUGUAUAUCAUAUAUAUGUUACGAGAUUUAAGUUCAAAGCUUCUAAGGUC